AUGCCACAGCACAAGCGUGGCCCGUGGUCGCAGCAAGAGGACCAGCUCCUCAUCCACCUGGUUUCAGUCCACGGAGCACACAACUGGGUCCGCAUAUCAACAUCCAUCCAGACGCGCUCGCCGAAACAAUGCCGAGAGCGCUUCCACCAGAACCUCAAGCCCAACCUCAACCAUGACCCCAUUACUCCGGAGGAAGGCAUCAUGAUCGAGCAGAUGGUCGCCGAGAUGGGCAAGCGGUGGGCAGAGAUCGCUCGCAGGCUCCGCGGCCGCAGCGACAAUGCCGUGAAGAAUUGGUGGAAUGGAGGCAUGAACCGACGCAGACGCAACCAGCAAGCACGUCGCGCGGAGUUCGAGGUUCGCCAGCACCACGUCCAGGGCCAUCAUCACCAGAUCCAAAACCUGCCGCCACCCAUGCAUCAGCAGCACCAGCACCAGAACCAGCACCAGCAACAGCUACCACCGUCAAUUCAGCAUCAGUCCUUCAUGCAACCUCAGCAUUACUUUGCACACCCAAUGUACCCGGGCCACGGACACCCACAACACAUCCAGAUGCCACACAACGUAGCUGCUUUCGGCCGUAUGAUGGAGGCGCCAUUGCCUUCGCCAUCGGCAUUCUCGCAGAUGUCUGCUGAUGGAGCACCGUCCCUCAUGUCGGAUUGUGGUUCCUCCAUGUCAGCCCGAUCGCCACACCAUGGACCUUCUCCAAUCGAGUUGCCCCCUCUUGCAGGAGCCCGUGAUGAGCGACGCCGGUCAUCGGCACCCAUGCUGCGAUUGGGCGUUCCAGGAGCCUUCGCCCAGGACACCGACUUCACUACAAUGCAAAUGCCGAUGCACGGCUACGAAGAGAUGCGCAAACAGACGCCAAUGCUCCAGGAGCCUUUCAUGCCGCAGCCACAGUCCCUACCAACACCGACAGCAUACCUGCCGUCACAGCCACGACAGCCAUCUCCAUUGCACCAACAGCACCAGAUGCAACAACAGUACCAUAUGCAGCAGCCUCAACAAGUCCAGCGCCACCACUCAGCAUACCCAAUGCCCCAGAUUCCCUCAACACCUGCGAAGAUGGAGCUGCCGGGCAUCAACCAAUUCUCCCACGAGAAGCCAUCGAUCACCAUCGAUUCCCGCAUGGCGACGCCAAUUCCCUCGGCGCCAUCACCUGAUGAUUCACCAAAGGACAAGAUGAGCCUUUCGAACUUGACCCACUAA